GGGACGGCUCUGUCACUUUUCUCUUCGAAAGAGGAAGCUGUCUCCAAAUAACUCGGCGCUUCCCUUUCUGCCCUGCCCGCUUUGAAGCGGCUGCAGAGCCCGAGAGCUGCCGGCGCUCCUCCGGCCCCCGAUGUCCCCUGCGGGACCCCGCCGUGCCCCCCGCUCUGGCCGGGCCCUCGGGGGAGGCUGUGACUCCCUGGGCCCCCCGAGCCCCCCCUGAGGAAGAGCUGGAGUCGGACAUCCUGCGGCGAGUGCGGGCGCUGCUGCGGGAGCUGGACGGGCACCACCCCUCCUGCCAGAGUGACCGAGGAAUGCUGCGAUGGACCCUGCACAAGAAAAUCGAACAGAACCCCAGCACCAGCUGUGUCCUGGUCAGGAUCCUGGUGAAGGAGUUGGAAAGGGCAGAGCGAGGGGACCUGCGGCACUACAUCAUCCCCCUGCUGCACACGCUGAUGUACACCUUGAUCCAGGCUCCCUGCAUCCCUGAUGAGCUCUGUGCCAGGGUUUAUGACUUCUGCAAGAGGUUGCUGACCCUGCCCAAGCCCUUCUGCACCAUCGGGCUGGACUAUGCCAGCAGGCUGCAGGUGGAGAGGACAGCCCCAGGAACCUUGUAUCAAAGAAUGGUCAUUUCCGAGCAGAGCCUGUGGAGCGCCCCGUUCCCUUACCAGGAGAAGAUUUUCAUCUUUGCUGACCCAGAGCUGCUGCCUGAAGCCAUCUGCAAUGCGCUGGUCACCGACACCGAGGCAGCACAAGUGUCCCAGAGCCCCCGGGGCUGCAUGAGCUGCGUGGUCACCCACGCCCUGCAGGCGGCCCUGGGUGACACCUGCGACAUCCACGGCCUCAGGGCCCGACUCCAGGCCUUGGCCCCAGGGGAUGUGGAGCACUGGUUCCAGCAGGUGGUGGUGGCCGUGGAGGGCACAGCCAGUGAGGGGGGCUCGGACCGGGGCCAGCACACGGCGCGGCUGGAGAGGAUCUACCAUGGCCUCCUGGGCUCCUUGCCUGCAGGGAAUGCUCCCCAGGAAGGGCUGCAGGGGACUCCUCUGCCCAACCCCAACAUCAGCUUCCACCUGUGGACAGAAGAUGAGCAGCUCUGGAAGGAGCUGGUGCUGUUCCUCCGUCCGCUGUCGCAGAGCUGUGAGCCCGACUGCCUGGGCCAGGAGCUGGAUCCCACGGAGAUGCAGGACAUCCUUGCGGGCUGUGGCUGCUGCGAGCAGAGCCGCUUCUCCGUGCUGUCCACCGACAGCGGCAUCGAGCGGGACCUGCCCGCGCAGGACGAGCCCAGCGCCGCGGACACGGAGCCCGCCCGGCUCCACAGGAAGGGCGGCAUCAAGAAAAAGCUGUCCCCGCUGGACAGCGUGGCCUUGCUGCAGGCUGGCAGCGCUGUCCCUGCAGGGAAGCCCCCCGGGAAGCAGCCCAGGAGGUCAGGGACGGCCCCGCAGCCCUUGGCCCCGCUCCAGAGGCGGCACACCGCCCGUGUGAUGCUGCUGGGAGACGAUCGCAUCCUGGGCCGCCUGGCACAAGCCUUUCACUCCCUCAGGAAACGGGAAGCCCGGCGAGUGUUCCUGACUCCCAGGCUGAACCUGCAGUUCUACCACAUCCCUGUGCUGCCAGGACACCCCUCGGCUGCUGCGGAUGCUGCUGGCCCUGAGGGGCUGUGUGAAGUGGCCGGGUACCUGGGCAGGGCUGACCCCUGGUACGAGAGCAACAUCAACACUCUGUGCCACAUGAUCCCCAAGCUGGCCAGCAUGCCAUCGUCACCGAGCAGGGCCCUGGUGACCGACCUGUUCCUCACCGAUGUCAUCGCCUACUACGCACGCAUGGGCACCCAGCCCGUCUGCUUCCAGGUUCACUCUGUCAAGGUCCUGUUUCGGGACCCAGCGCAGGACCCAGCUGAGGACGUGUUCCUCACAGAGCUGCUGACCCAGGUGCAGGACAGCCCCUCACACAGAGACCUGAGCACAACCAAGAGGAAAAGCAGCCUGGACGGCCCCGGAAUCGAUCUCACCGUGACCUACAGGAAGGUUGUGCUGAGUGACCGGCACAAGGAGCUGGCCCUGGCCCUGCGCUCCACAGGCCUGCUGAUGAAAGCCAUCCCUGCUGAAGAGGCUGAAGGCCUGGGCUGUUUGAGUGUGACCAUCACCGAAAUCAUCAGGAUCAACAACCUGGCAGGACGGUCCUUCUCAGCCGUGGCAAACAGGUUCAAAGCACGGACUGUCAAGAUCAGGAGCCCAGAGCAGAGACCCUUCACGGUGCGGCUGGACAAGGACAGCAGGAGAACCUACAGGGAUGUGAUCGGCCUGGAGGUGUCUCCCUGCCUCGAGCCCAGCUACUGCCUGCAGAAGACAAAGACCAUGAAAUUCAACCUUCACAAAACAGAAGACAUGGGGCUUGUGAAAUACCUGCCCAAGUCUCUGCUGCUGCCCAUCAACACUUUUGCAGGAGUCAUCCAGUGAAGGAAACAAAAAGGUGGGGUCAGCACAGAGGACAUGGAAAGAGAACACACACUAAAAGCUGCCAGUGGUGACUUUAAACAGCAGUGGUGUAAAGAGCUGCCCCAGCAGAGGUGGACAGGCUCAGAGGGCACAGCCAUGCCCUGCUGGUAACAGUGUGACCAUGCCCUGCCAAGGGCACAGCCAAGCUGCAGGACUGAGCUUUCACCUUUUGCACAAGUCAGGCAAAAGCUUUGAGCUCCUCCAUUCAGGAAGAGUGAGGAAGACCCAUGGGAGGUGGUGCUGGCUGUCCUUUGGAGCCCAGCGCAGCUGGCAGCAGCAAUAUUUAUUUUGAAGAUGACUGACAGCCCAGCAGGGAUCAGGUUUUCACCUCACAGCCCAAACAUUGUUGGUGCUCCCCUAUGCCAGACUUGGGCAGCAAACAUCCUGUCCCUGAAGGAAGCUGAAGGGAGGCAGAAGGCUCACAGGCACAUCUGGAAACCCUGCACAAGCAGCUGUUGUUGUUGUGAUAACGUGGGGUUUUAGGGGUGACCAGUGGCUCUAUGCCCCUCUGAUUCUUUGGGGCUUCACUGCGGGGUUUGUACACACAAAGAAAAUGCUCAAAAAGCCAAAAGGCUUUGAGCUGGGCUGGAGUGUGGGCUGUGUGUCCAGAGUUUGUUCUGUACAGCUGUAAAUUACAUAGAUGGAUGAUAAAUUAUUUGUAUAGGUGUCAUGGAUCACUUGUACCAGAAGGUGCAAUCCUUUUAAUGCCAAUUUAAAGAAAUUAAGACAAACCCAAGCUGAAACUGCCAGUUGGUUGUUGUUGUGAGUUUGCACGUGGCUGGGGAUGGAUGCCCAGGAGUUCCACUUGAACAUGAGGUUCAGUUUCUGCCCUGUGCAGUGACCGAGCCCCAAAUUUCUGGAGGGCAGGAUGGGGUGUCGGUCCAGCCUGGCACUGCUGGAAGCUGAUCCUGCCUGGGUCAGAUGGAUCCUGAGCAGGGCUCCUCGAGCUGCUGAAACAGCCAGGCAGGGACAGCCACAACCCCAGAAAGAGAGAGGGGAGUUUAUUUCUGUCCCUCACUAACCAGGGGACCCCCAAAGCAAUACCUGGGCACAGGCGCACAAGCAGAGAGCAGCACUUGGUCCAUACCAGAGGAUCUCCUCCACAUGGAGUUAUCCCAGGUUAUUCCCAGCUGGAAGCCACUGGCUUUCAGCCUUCCUCUUUUAACCCAUUCCUGGCUUAAGCCUCCUUACCCACCCCCACCCUGCCUUCACCUCCAAGGCACAGAUUUCAGCUGCUCUCCAGGAGGUAAGUUUUGCUUAUAAAUGAAACAUCGAUGGUCUGAUGUCAUCAAAAAAUCUUCAGUGGGGUUUAAAUGAGCCUUGGAGUCUCUUCAGCCACCAGCAAAGGCUGCUGUCAAUUGAUCAGGUAUUCCUUGGUCAGGGAAUCGCAUCAUUCCUGUGAAGAAGGAUGGAUUUUAGUAACAUCUGCCUGAGUGGCUCACAAGUGCCCAGACAGGCAGCUGCAAAAAGCAGAAUAUUUAUGGAAAUGCAUAUUUAAUAUGGCAUAUGCAAAUGGCCUGGCAGUGUGUCACCCUGCCGUGUUGUGGGCUCGGCAGGAAGCGCUGGAGACAAGGAAAGGACUCCUGGGUGAUAAUUCCUUUCUCUGUAUGAAUCAAUCCCGCAUUAUCUGUACAUCAGAUGCUUUCAGGGUAAUUAGCUCUCUCUCUUCCCAGCACCAAUCCUCUGUGCCAGCACAAUGCUCUGCUGGAAUGGCUCUAUAGAUAGAAUUGUCCUGUGCCAAGAAUAGCUGGAACUUUUUAUUAAGAUGUU